GGUGCAGCCCGUGUGCGAGGGUCUGGGUGCGCGCGCGGUGUCUGGCCGGGUGCGCGCGCGCGCCUGUGCCCGCUUGCUUGCCUGCUAAAGGCUGUUCGGUGGGUUUAACGGGAGAGCGGGCUCCAAGAAGCUGCAUCCCGUAUCACGUAGAGACCGUCGCGGAAACAGAGGAACAAGUCGGAACGAGGUGGGCCCUCUACAGGACUUGGGGCUCCAGAGAUUAUUUCUCUUUAUUCAGAAGCAUAGAGUUGUUUGCUGAUUGCAAGAAGAUGUUUCUUUGGCUCUUUCUGAUUGUGUCAGCCCUGAUUUCUUCGACAAAUGCAGAUUCUGACAUAUCAGUAGAAAUUUGCAAUGUGUGCUCCUGCGUGUCAGUAGAGAAUGUGCUCUAUGUCAACUGUGAGAAGGUUUCAGUCUACAGGCCGAACCAGCUGAAACCGCCCUGGUCUAAUUUUUAUCAUCUCAAUUUCCAAAAUAAUUUUUUAAAUAUCCUCUAUCCAAAUACAUUCGUGAAUUUUUCACAUGCAGUAUCUCUGCAUCUGGGAAAUAAUAAACUGCAGAACAUUGAGGGAGGUGCCUUUCUCGGGCUCAGUGCAUUAAAGCAGUUGCACUUGAACAACAAUGAAUUAAAGAUUCUCCGUGCUGACACUUUCCUUGGCAUAGAGAACUUGGAGUAUCUCCAGGCUGACUACAAUUUAAUCAAGUAUAUUGAACGAGGAGCUUUCAAUAAGCUCCACAAACUGAAAGUUCUCAUUCUUAAUGACAAUCUGAUUUCAUUCCUUCCUGAUAAUAUUUUUCGAUUCGCAUCUUUAACCCAUCUGGAUAUACGAGGAAACAGAAUCCAGAAACUCCCCUAUAUUGGUGUUCUAGAACACAUUGGCCGGGUUGUUGAACUGCAGCUGGAAGAUAACCCUUGGAACUGUAGCUGUGAUCUGUUGCCUCUAAAGGCUUGGUUGGAGAAUAUGCCAUAUAACAUUUACAUAGGAGAAGCUAUCUGUGAAACUCCCAGUGACUUAUAUGGAAGGCUUUUAAAGGAAACCAACAAGCAAGAAUUAUGCCCCAUGGGUACAGGUAGUGACUUUGAUGUACGCAUUCUGCCUCCAUCUCAACUGGAAAAUGGCUACACCACUCCCAAUGGUCACACUACUCAAACAACCUUGCACAGAUUAGUGACCAAACCACCCAAAACAACAAAUCCUUCCAAAAUCUCUGGAAUUGUGGCAGGCAAAGCCCUCUCCAACCGAAAUCUCAGUCAGAUUGUGUCAUACCAAACAAGAGUGCCUCCUCUUACACCUUGCCCGGCACCUUGCUUUUGUAAAACACAUCCUUCUGAUUUGGGGUUGAGUGUGAACUGCCAAGAGAAAAAUAUACAGUCCAUGUCUGAACUGACACCAAAACCUCUAAAUGCCAAGAAGUUGCACGUCAAUGGCAACAGCAUCAAAGAUGUGGACAUCUCAGACUUCACUGAAUUUGAAGGGCUGGAUUUGCUUCAUUUAGGCAGCAAUCAGAUUACAGUGAUCAAGGGGGAAGUAUUUCACAACCUUACUAAUCUACGCAGGCUUUAUCUCAAUGGCAAUCAGAUUGAAAGGCUGUACCCUGAAAUAUUUUCAGGCCUUCAUAACCUGCAGUAUCUGUAUUUGGAAUACAACUUGAUUAAGGAAAUCUUAGCGGGCACCUUUGACUCCAUGCCCAAUUUACAGCUACUAUACUUGAACAAUAAUCUCUUAAAGAGCUUACCAGUUUACAUUUUUUCUGGAGCGCCCCUUGCCAGACUGAACCUGAGGAACAACAAAUUCAUGUACCUACCUGUCAGCGGAGUCCUUGAUCAGUUGCAGUCUCUUACACAAAUUGAUUUGGAGGGUAAUCCUUGGGACUGCACUUGUGACUUGGUAGCAUUGAAGCUGUGGCUGGAGAAGUUAAAUGAUGGAAUUGUUGUGAAAGAACUGAAAUGUGAGACUCCUGUUCAGUUUGCAAACAUUGAACUUAAGUCGCUCAAAAAUGAAAUCUUGUGUCCUAAACUUCUAAACAAGCCAUCUGCACCAUUCACAAGCCCUGCGCCUGCAAUUACGUUCACCACUCCAUUAGGUCCUAUUCGAAGUCCUCCGGGGGGCCCAGUGCCUCUAUCUAUUUUAAUCUUAAGUAUCUUGGUGGUUCUCAUUUUAACUGUCUUUGUUGCAUUUUGCCUUCUUGUUUUUGUUCUGAGACGCAACAAGAAACCCACAGUAAAGCACGAAGGUCUGGGGAAUCCUGAAUGUGGCUCCAUGCAGCUGCAACUAAGGAAGCACGACCACAAAACCAGUAAAAAAGAUGGACUGAUCACAGAAGCAUUCAUUCCACAAACCAUAGAACAAAUGAGCAAAAGUCACACCUGUGGCCUGAAAGAGUCUGAAACUGGGUUCAUGUUUUCAGAUCCUCCAGGACAGAAAGUAAUGAUGAGAAAUGCUGUGGACAAAGACAAAGAUGUAUUGCACGUAGAUACCAGGAAGAGACUGAGCACAAUUGAUGAGCUGGAUGAACUGUUCCCUAGCAGAGAUUCCAAUGUCUUUAUUCAGAAUUUUCUUGAAAGCAAAAAGGAGUAUAACAGCAUCGGUGUCAGUGGCUUUGAGAUUCGCUAUCCAGAAAAACAACAAGAUAAGAAAAACAAGAAAUCACUGAUAGGUGGUAACCACAGUAAAAUUGUUGUGGAACAAAGGAAGAGUGAGUAUUUUGAACUGAAGGCAAAACUUCAGAGUUCCCCUGACUACCUGCAGGUCCUUGAAGAGCAAACAGCUUUGAAUAAGAUAUAGGUCAUGUAAUCUGACUUCAUACAGAGGACAUUAUUUAAUGAUGAAAGUGCCUUUUGUUGACUUCUAAUUUCCAAAUACUAUAUUAUCAUUAGGCAUAGAGUCAGGUGUUUCCAAGGGUAUCUCAUUAACUGUAGCUGUAAAGAUGUGUCAAGUAGAAGAGAAUUUCCUUAAUAGAUUUUACUACAUAAAACCUAUACUGUGGAGUCCUGUGGGGAUACUGCAAACUCUAUUGCCAAAGGGAUGCUUUAUAAACAUAAUACACUGAAUUUAACCUCAAGAGGCAAAUCAGUUUUGUACCUUGAUGCAAAACCUUCGUCUCUUUGUGCUUUGUAAAGCAAACUCAAGAAAACUGGUACCAGUGUUUGUACCUGAGCUGGGUCCUUCAUCUUGCACGUAGAUUAAGUUGGUAAACUGGAAUAACCCUUUUGAUUUGUGGCAUUGUUACAACUCUGUGUAAAGAUUACCUGAAAAGUGUAAAAAACAAAUAAGCAUGCAAAGAGAGAACAUUUGAUAGUAUUUGUAAAUCGGUAAAAUUUAUGGCCUGCAUCUUGCAACUGCUGGAUUUAUAAUGUUAAAUUGUGCAAAUACUUGUUUAAAAUAUACCAUGCAUUACAUAACUAUAAAAUGAAUUUGAACACUAAGUAUUACUUGCCUAUACAUAAAAACCUAAAGGAGAAAAAUCAAUGUGAGUUACAUAGCAUUUGUGGUGAUCUAGAGAAAAAUAUGAUGUUUAUCAUAAUUAAACAUGGCUCAAAUUAAACUAAAUUUUGCUCUCAGUUAUGUCAAAUACCCACAAUCCUUAAAGGUUGUCCAAAAUUAACGAAGUGCUUACCGUGUGAGCGCACCCAAAGCUAUUUUUGUAAUAUAAUUCAUAUUUAUGAAGUACUUUGUAUACUAAAUAGGAAAACAUGUACUCCUUAAUAUGUAUUUAAUAUGCUUGACUUACUCUCCUGAUCACAGUAAAUUUAUCAGUAAGUAUAAAUUUAGAUAAGAAAAAGAGAUACUAAAGUGAAACUGAAGCUAAUGUGUACAGAAAUAUUUUGGACUCUGUGAUCAGUUAUAAUUUAAAAGCAGAAAAAAAUACAGAAAAAAUCCACAAAAAUAAAAAAAACAGUUCUGUGCUAUUCUUGUGAAUUUAGCAUAUUAUCUUCAGAUUUGUUACCAACUGUGCAUUUUAAAAUAGGCUCCUUAGUUUUAUAGUAGUGUGUCUGGGGCAGUUGUUAUUUGCCAUCAAUUGUCUUGCUUUUCAGGAUUCUAUGAGCUUAAUUCAAAUAGUUUUAAUUACAAUAUUUAACAAAUUAAUGACUAAGGUUAAUAGUAUCUUGUAUGCAUCAGUAUCCUGUUCUUUCAUCGUUCUGACUACUAUCAGAUAAUCUAGUAGAACUGUAAACAUCAUGGUAAUCUUGGCUCUCAAAGCCACACUGUAA